AUGGAUACCGGUGUACCAUUACGAGGAGCUGGAGCUCUAAUCACGACUCCCCCCCCUGGCGAACCAACCGACAUUUUACACGCAGUUCACAUUCUUCCAUUCGCCCUUGGCAGCUCUACAAACGACGAUGAAAGACAGCGAACCUGUGAGGUGUGGGGAACUAUUUUUCGUUACUUUCCAAGCCUCCGCUCCGUCCUCGAUAUGUCACCUGAAGAUGUGAAUCGAGAAAACAAUAUCAUGAUAAUGAUUACUCCCCUACAGGAAGAGUUCGGUCGCUUCCGCUUUGUUCUUGAGGACACUCCGACCCCCAAUCGCUACCGUAUCAAACUAUCUCCUCGUUUCGCAUCUAUCUACACACCCUUAUUACCUAGCAACAUGGUUAUAACAUUGACUAGCCACGACCAUCGCUUUCAUCUUCCUAAAGCCAAGUACUUACAGUUUCAUACUGCCAUUGGCAACAUUUUGGAUGCAAGUGGCCGGGCAGAAGGCAUUGAAAAGCUCAUACGAGAUCUAGGAGAUACGAGCAGUCCAGCAUUGGCAAAUGAUGGCAGUACGAAUAUCGGCGAUCUGCUCUCGAUCAGCCAUACAUAUUUCGCUGCUAGCCUCGAAUCCACACCCAACAUACCGUCGGGCGCAGCAGCAACGUGCCUGGGCUAG